GGGAGACGCUCCCAGCAGGGACUGGCGCAAGGCGCAGGGACAAGUGUAUGUAUAACAGCGUGCGAGGUAUCUAAAUUAGUUAUAACUCUUGGUCGAAGAGCCUUUCGUUCUCUACAUUUUUAUUUAGCCACUCCCUCCUCACGUCUGUUUUUCAAUUAAGCCGACUGAUUUUCCACGGUUUAACCAAGCUCCUGGUCAUCGCGCAUCGUUUCUCUCCCAAGCCAUAUACAGAUAAAUGCUGUAAGGACAUUUAAGGCUCCGCGAGUAGCUCUUUAUCGGUGCACCGGGGAGCAUUAGAAGUCAUCCGGGGAAGAAGACAUGGCAGUACAGUUGAUAUCGAUACCAGAGGUGGAGAGAUUGAGUGCGUCGGUGAUCAGAAUUUUGGCCGGAAAUCCCGGCAAGUUCACGUUGCAAGGUACAAAUACAUAUCUCGUCGGUCGUGGACCCCAGCGGCUGCUUAUCGACACGGGCGAAGGCAAACCCAGUUGGAUCGCAGCGUUAAAAUCGGUGCUCGCGGCGGAGAGAGCCACCGUGAGUCAAGCAUUGCUUACUCACUGGCAUCACGAUCAUAUCGGUGGCGUGGCAGAUUUGUCGAGAUUAUGUCCUAAAGUGAAGAUAUAUAAACAUCAGCCAGACGGCGGCCAGGAGGAUAUACAUGAUGGGCAAGUUUUCAAGGUCGAGGGGGCAACGUUGACGGCCUUUUAUACGCCGGGGCAUGCCAGUGAUCAUAUGGCAUUUGUGCUAGAGGAGGAAAAUGCCAUGUUUACGGCCGACAAUGUAUUAGGACACGGCACAGCGGUGUUUGAGAACCUCGGGGUCUAUCUGACUAGUCUUGAGAAGAUGAGCGCUCGGGGGACGAAAACAGGAUACCCGGGUCACGGUCCGAUCAUUGAAGAUUGCAAAACGAAAAUAGCCGAAUAUAUCAAGCACCGACAACAAAGAGAAAACGAAAUCUUGCGUGUUUUGGAAUACGGGAGUUUAGAAGCCUCUCCUAUGACGGAGUCAUCGGAGCGCAAACCCAGCUCCUGGACUCCGAUGGAGCUUGUCAAGGUUAUCUACCAAAAUGUGCCGGAGAAUCUGCAUCUGCCGGCCGCUUACGGAGUGAGCCAAGUGCUCCUCAAGCUGGAAGACGAUGGAAGAGUAAUCCAUGACCGGAAAUCCGAUAAAUGGACGUUGAUCUCUGUGAGAUCGACGCUAUGAGCAUGUAAACUGAUUGGAUUAUUGAAUGGGUGCUGUGUGUAUGUCUGUAUACCCUCCUAGACGCGGCACUGUUGUACAGAGUAUCUACAUACGUCACUUUAUAAUGUGGACAAUCCCAAGGAACUUUUUGAUGAG